UCAACGUGGGCAAUGAGCGCGAAGGGCCGAGCCGUCAUCUGCGGCGAGUGCGACGACCAGCCCGCGACGCUCGCGUGCGCCGAGUGCCACGAGCCAGAAGACAGCAGCAGCAGCAGUAGUAGUGAGACGAAGCUCUGCCAAGGGUGCUCGCUCCUCCUGCAUUCGCUCAAGAAGCGGCGAUACCACCACGUGCGACCACUCGACGACGCCGAGACGACGAGCGCUGCGCCCGAACCCGCGCAUUGGCACCCGACGGCGUACGAUAUUCAGGACUUUGAGGAGCUCGAAGUCCUUCUGCCCAAGCUGCCCGACGGCUCACUGGACAUCGACAUUGGCCAAGUCGACGGCGUCUUUGUCGUUCAGCGCAUUGCGCGCGAAAAAGAGAUCUCGGCGCUCGCAGUCGGUGACGUCAUCGUGCGCCUCCAAGGCCGGCCCGUCCACAACGUCGUCUUUGCCCAGCUCUUGCACUUGCUACAUCGAGAGCCUCAGAGUGUCAAGCUGCUAUUGGUGCGUGGCCAAGACACGCCCCGCGCGCUACUGCAUGCGUGGCUCAAGCUCAACGUGGCGCGGGACCAAGCCGCUCAAGAGCGCAGCAAGGAAAUCAUUUCGCUGCAACAAACAGCUUCUGGCCAUUACCAGCUGCAGCCCAACGACGUCAACUUGGACCUUAUGUUUGAGGACGCGGCCGUCUCGGACGCCAAAGUGCCCGUGAUUUCGUUUCUGGGCAACACGACCGCGGGCAAGUCGUUCUUGAUUCGCGCGCUCAUGGGCGACCACGAAAUCCGGCCGUUUUGCUUCGACGAAGACAAGAUGUGCAGUACGACCGCGAACGCCAACAUGUACUCGUCGACGUGCGUUGUGCCGCACGAGCGCGCCAACGUGAUCGAUUUUGAAGGCGAGAACGGACUCACCCCCUUUAUGAACAUGGUGCUGCGCACGAAACACCUCUUUCACUCGAGCAAGGCCGAGACGAAACAACGGCACAUGGCGGUCCAAAAGUACUUUCCAAAGAUCGCGUACCUUCUCAGCGACGUGAUCGUGCUCGUGGGCGACACGAGCCUUGUGAACAAGGACUACUUUACGCGCUGCCGGGACUUUGCGAUCAAAGCCAACGUCGGCAUCUCCGAGACCAUGUGCCGCCCGUCGAUGCUCAUCGUGCACAACAAGUGCAGCUUGACCGCCAACUUUAGCGUCGAGGCGACGACCGCCGAGUUCAUGCAGGCGCACAUUUACGACGAGUACGACGUGGUACUGGCCGAGAAAGGACCGCUCGGGCUCGAUCUCCACCUGGUGUCCGACGCUGACAACAAUGCCGACGUCGCCAGCAGCUUUCCCGCGGUCAAAGCGCUCACCACCGAUGGAGUCGCAUCCAAGAGCGGCAAGAUCCACGUCCACGACCUGCUUGUGGCGGUUGGCGGCGUCUCCACCGAGCUUCUUAGCUUGGACAAAGUGCAAGCGCUGCUCGAGACCGCGUCCCGCCCCGUCACGGUGACGUUUCGGUCCGCCGAUCUGCUCAAUUCGGAGGCGAAAGGCUUCCUCGAGUACUUUGCAGACGUCAAGUGCGUGCGCGUGCCCCGGGGUGACAUUCGCCAGAACAUCCGCGGCAAGUGGUACAAUGGCGACGAGAUCCUCGACCAGCAGCUCGUCGCUAUCCACCAAAUCUUGAGCGACAUGAGCGCGAAACAGAAAGCGAUGCGAACGGACAUUAGCGUCGGUGAGCGCGGCUGGUUCUUCCUCCUCCGCUCGAUCGUCACCCAAGUCGCGAACGAGCAGCCCGUCUCGUUCGCGACGCUGCUCAACGACUUGCUCUCGACAGGCGACCGCGACGUCGAUCGCAUAUAUCCUUUGCCGUUUUUCCCCCUUGAACUAGUAGAUUAGAUUCAAACAUCCGCCAAACGCCUUGACUUGAAGGUGUACGACGGCCACCUUUGUGCGCGUUUAUGAGCGCUUUCCACGGCGCGACGCCGACUGGUACCGGCUCUGCAUUGAGUUUACGCUCGAGCUCUUCCAGCGCAUGAUCGCCUUCAACAUGCGACGCAAGGCGCACGCGUCCAUUUUGACCAAAGAGACGGUCUCGGCGCAGGCCAAGAAGAGUCUGUCGCUUCUGCUCAAGAGCGUGCAGCGCUUCUUACCGUGCGUCGCGUCGUGUCCGAUGGCCGAGGGCCACCUCUGCGGCCAGCACCGCAUGUUUCACGCCGGUGCCAAGAGCUGCCACCGCACCGCGGUCAAGGUACCGCGGUCCGGCGGGCGCUGGGACCGCUGGCUCAGUGAGCUCGACGGUGGCCGCCACUUGGUGUGGGAAGGCGCCUUUGAAGCGCCGGCGCUGCCCGCGUCGUACUUUGAAGCGGUCUACUGGGAAGACACGUUUGUGCAGGGUGUGCUCGCCCACUUGUUUUCUGGUGACGUGCAGCACACGACGUCGAUGGACCAGACGGACGAGCUACUCUUGCGGCUCCUCACGAGCUACCGCGGCGCGCUCAUGCUCGACUUUAAGGUCUUUUCAGAGAACGCGCUCGGGCACAUUCCGUGCACGCGGUGCUUCAAAGGCUGCGACGCCAAGGCGACCGUCGCGACCACGAUGAAGGAGCGUCUUUUGCAGCUGCACUCCCGGAUCGAGCUGCUGUACUUGGCGCCGUACCAGCUCGGUGUGUGCGCGCAGUGCAAACCAUUCUUUACCGAUCUCGGUUUGCUGUCUACGUAAUUGUCGACAUAUUGGUAUCACCUGAAAGUAAACUUUAAACAUUGUAUGUUCCAUAUCC